AUGGCUAAGCAUUUUGAUAGACACUAUUGUGGAACAUGCCAUUAAACAUUCAGAAUGGAUGAAGCAACUGUAAGAAUUUAUUAAUAAUUUAUAUAGAUUAGAGCCAACUUAGAAGCUAUCAAAAAAUAACAAGCAGCUAAAGCAGCAGCUGCCGCUGCAGCUGCACCAGCAGGAGGUGCUGCAACUGGAGGUGCCGCAGGUGGUAAAAAAGGAAAGAAAAAAUGA